AUGGUCUCCGACGACCAGUUUCGCGGAUCCGAGUCCGAGUCGGCAGAUCAGUUGCUGUCGUCGCUAGGUUAUACUCCCGAAUUGGUUCGCACGCGGUCUACCUUCCAGGUCGCAUUUAUGUCCUUCGUCUUGGCUUCCGUUCCCUAUGGUCUUGCUACAACCCUCUACUACCCCCUGGUAUGCGGUGGCCCCGUCGACAUUAUCUGGGGCUGGGUCGGCGUCUCGCUCAUCAUUGUUUGUGUCGCCGCCUCGCUCGGAGAGAUCACGAGUGUCUAUCCAACAGCCGGCGGUGUUUACUACCAAGCUUUCAUGCUCGCGCCUGUGGACUACCGUCGGGUCUCGGCCUGGAUUUGCGGUUGGUUAUACGUCGUGGGCAACAUCACCAUUACGUUAUCCGUCAACUUCGCGACCGCGCUAUUCCUAGUGGGCUCCAUCAAUGUGUUCCAGACAGCUGAUGGACAAGACGUGUUGGCCGGUUCAGCCUACCAAGUCUUUCUGAUCUUCCUCGGCAUCACUUUGCUGUGCAACACUGUGUGUGCACUAUGCAACAAGUGGCUACCAAUCCUCGAUACCUUCGCUAUCUUCUGGACUUUUGCCGGCCUAAUUGCCAUCUUGGUGACUGUACUGGCUCUUGCCAAGAGUGGACGCCGUGACGCCAGUUAUGUGUUUACUCAUUUCGAGGUCAAUUCGGGCUGGACGCCCGGUUGGUCAUUCUUCGUUGGCCUAUUGCAUGCUGCCUACGCCACCUCUGCGACCGGCAUGAUCCUAUCCAUGUGCGAGGAGGUCAAGUCACCUGCCACCCAGGUGCCCAAAGCUAUGGUCCUGACUAUUCUGUUCAACCUGGGAGCUGGUCUGGUCUUCCUCAUCCCGCUUGUAUUCGUGAUUGACGACAUUCAAGAGCUUAUCUUACUCGCCCAGCCCGUCCCGGCCAUCAUCAAGGGCGCUGUAGGCCACGAGGGUGGUGCCUUUGCCUUGUUGAUCCCUCUUCUAGUCCUUGGUAUCCUCUGCGGUACUGGCUGCACUACUGCCGCAUCCCGCUCCGUUUACGCCUUCUCUCGUGAUGGCGCCAUUCCCGGCUCAGGACUAUGGAAGGUUGUUCAUCCCAAGCUUCAUGUUCCCUUCAAUGCCAUGAUGCUGAGCAUGGUGGUUCAAAUUGCCCUCGGCCUCAUCUACUUCGGUUCCUCAGCGGCCUUCAAUGCGUUUUCCGGUGUUGGAGUCAUUGCGCUCACUGCCGCCUACUGCGCGCCCAUCUUCGUAAGCAUGCUAGAGGGGCGCAAGACAGUGACCAAUGCUUCUUUCUACCUUGGUAAAUUCGGUUGGGCCGCCAACAUCAUCUCCGUUUCUUGGACUUUGCUUGUCAUUCCCCUUUUCUCCAUGCCGACCACUGUUCCCGUCCUUGAUCCCGGUCUAGCCAACUACGCCCCUGUGGUAUUCGUCGGGUUUACCUUGAUCUCGGUGGUUUGGUACUUGGCUUGGGGCCGCAAAAACUACGUCGGACCUCCGACUUAA